UAAUGUGGUCGCGAAGUAGAGAGCGGAGAAAUAAAAGAUGAGACAGAAAUGAAAGAUAAAAGCAGGUGGUAGAAAGCGAGAAGAAGAAGAAAAAAACAUAAAACAGCAAGAAAAAACAAAUCAAUCGGAAUCGGAAACACAAAACAAAAGCCUGUCGGAACGGAGCAAAUGAGUAGCAAAACAAACAAAAAAAAAUCCCUUCCCGGCUGCUGGAUAAUAGAUAAACUAAAAGCUGGAUAAUUAGUAAGCAGCCGCGCGGCCGAAGCAGCAGAACCAUUAAGAUGCACCAACACCGAGGUAAGGAUGCUGCAAACGGAUGCGUCUGCGCGAAGGGAAGAAGCAAAAACACUGGUGAGAAAAAUGGUAAAACAGACACAGACACAUAGAGAGAAGCGCAAAUGGAGGGCGGGUGGAGAGGGCGCAGGAGGAAACAAAUCUUAGUUAAAUAUAAAUUAUAUUGAAAUUUAAAUUAAAUAAUUGAAAAGGAAAAAAGUAAAACAAAUAUUUAAAAAUACUAUGAUAAUAAAUUACAAUUAUUAUAAAUUAAUUUUUAUCAUAACUGAACAAAGCAAAUGAAAAAGAAGAAGCAAAAGCAGCAGAAAAAGAAGGAAAAGAAGAAGAAAAGAAAAAAAGAAGACGAAACAAAGAAAACCAUCGUCUCGUAUCGUGGUGCACAGCUGGAAAUAGAGUGUUUGAACAUGGCGGAUAAAGCAAAGUGCAGCAAGCGAAGAGGCUCGAGGUCUAGAUUCGAGGCCAUUUUCUGGGGAGAAGGUCUGCCAAACCGUGCGCAACCGAGAGAUUAGAGACGACUCUCAAAGCGCCGAAUCUUGACGGUCGAUGAUGUGUGUCGCUGGCAGUGAAAGUGUCCAAUUUUUGGAUUGGCCGACCAAAACCACGCUACCAACCUCGGUUUUGCAGCAUUCCGACUGGUCCGGUGGGUGGGAGCACAAUUGGAAACAACACAGGGUGGGGAGGGGAAUGAAAAACACACACACAUACACACACACACAUACAGACAUAUGCGCAAAAGCAACUAAUAAGCUUAAGCACAACGCCAACGUCAGCAGUUGCUAGCGUAAAAAUGUGGGAAUCACGGAAGCACCUAUACAUGGCCGUCAUCCUGGUGCAUCGCUUUCUGUUUUCCCUCUAACCCCGUCUAUCCGGGUCCUCCUUAGGGUUAGGGCACGGUUUAAAAAGUGGUCAGCAACCAGCAAACCCCCUAUAGACACAACAACACAACCCACAGCAAGUGUAAGAAAGCAAACAUAACCAACAGCAAACAGCGUUAUCAGCGAUACCAAAAAAAAAACCAACAACUUUUCUCUAACUCUAAUGCUAAAUAAACUAAUGUUUAAAAAAAAUGACACCACCACUCCUACACACAAAAGCACACUCAGAGCAGCAGCAGCAGCAACAGCAGAAGAGAGGCAGUAACCGCAGAAGGGGCGCGCUUACAACGCAUCACCUUGUCACGCAUAAGCUUGAGCGCAAAAGAAAGAUAAAACCAAGAUACAGCUACUCCUCCCCUUCUCGUCAUCCUUCUUAACAAACCAGAAAACUGCUAUUGCCUGUUACUGUGAAGAGUGAAGGGAAGGGCCCUGGCCCCUCGCCCUUUCGAGGAAGUCACGAAUUAAUAUAAGAAAACUAGCCCCCGAUUUCCCCUUUUAAAUCAGUCCAUCAAUCAUCAAUCGUGGCAAGAACGAAAGGACGAAGAAUCCGAAGCUAAACAAUAGAAAACGAAUGCAAAACCAUCAACACGAGGUUCAUCUUCACUCAUCUUCACUCUCGACUCCUCUCUCUUGCUCCCUCUCUCUCUCUCUCUCUCGGAAGCGAAGCAACAAAAGCAAAACCGGGACCGGGAUAACCGAAACAAAUUGAACAAAUACAAUUUACAAAUGAAUUGUGAAUUACUCUGAUGAUGAUGCUUACCAUUAUUGCUAGCUAGUGUAAACCGGUGGAAAGAAAAUGCGAAAGAAACCCCGAAAAACUCGAGAAAAAGAGAGAGAAGCUGAAGCUGAAUCGAUCCGAGAAGUAAAGGUUGAAGGUACUUGGUGAGAUGUGAGAAAGAGGGAAAGAAGGAAGGGAAAGAAAUGGAGAGAGGAAGAGAGGGAAGCUGAUGCACAACACCGUGAGCAACCUUUUUUUUUUCGUUUUUCCAAUACGGAAUGAAGAGGGUUGAGGGUAGUGCUCGUUUUUUCGCUCCAGCUCCUCAAAUUGAUGUGGAGGCAUGGAGAGAGAACUUAUUGAAACGUGGAAAAUGCUCCCGAACCCGAACCCGGACCCGGUCGCGUGAUCACGAGAACUGGGUAGAGAGGCCAUAAACACACAACACACACAAACACACAGAUUAUCCGCCCGGUUAACACACUCUCGAUACUCGAUUCGCGCGCUGCGCUGCGGAAGAUGGUAAAGACCAUGGUGAUGGUCAAAACGAGAAAUGGGAAAACCAGAAAACAGACCGAAAGGUAGAAUAGUGGAGUGGACGAAAGGGUGGAAUGAGGCGGAAAGAAUGGAACAGAACACGGAAGGCGAUGGCGCGAUACCGGAAAGGAAAAAGGCACAGUUUUGAAACGGAAACGGCAUCAAAGUGAAACAAAUAGACAAAAACAAAACAAACAAAAAAAAUGGAGGAGGAAACAAAGAAAGAGCGAAUAAUAAUCAAUUUCACACACAUCAGAAAAAAAAACUAAAAAAA